CUGAGACAAAUUGCAACUCCGAAUUUCUGAGCUCUUCUCAUCGAGCUCAUGAGUUGUCUCACGAUGCAAUAAAAGCUUCUACUUCUCCUCCGACGAUUCUGAGGACAGCAAUUCGGAGUCCGGGUAUCGAUCGGAAUCAUGCUCCCUACCAAUCCGAUUUCCCUUAUUUUCGUGGUAUCUGGUGUCGUUGUGGUCCUUCGACUAUUCUUAAGGGGAACGACUCUCUGGUAUCUACUGAAGAAAUGGUGGAGAUCGAUUGACGAUCGGUUUCAUGUGUACCAGUUCUACAAAGUUCCCGAAUACAACCAUAGUUUUCAAGAGAACCAGCUGUACAGAAAAGUUUCCACCUACCUGAGCUCCCUGGCUUCGAUCGAAGACUCGGAUUUCGCAAACCUUUUCGCCGGCAAGAAAUCGAACGACAUCAUCUUACACCUCGAUCCCAACCAGACAGUCCAUGACACGUUCCUUGGCGCGAGAGUCUCUUGGAAAAAUGAAACGAGAAACGACGGAACCAACAUUUCCAGGACGUUUGUCCUGAAGAUCAAGAAGAGAGACAAGCGUCGGAUUCUCCGUCCUUACCUCCAACACAUCCACUCCGUCACCGACGAAAUCGAACUGAGGAAGAAGGAGGUCAAGCUCUAUACGAACGCCGAAACAGAAUAUCGCUAUGCGGGCGGACGGUGGAAAUCCGUCCCGUUCACGCACCCGUCCACACUCGACACCGUCGCCAUGGAUGCCGAUCUCAAGAACAAGGUAAAGUCUGAUCUCGAGUCGUUCCUCAAAUCAAAGCAGUACUACCAUCGACUCGGUCGCGUCUGGAAGAGGAGCUACCUGCUGUACGGUCCGUCGGGCACCGGGAAAUCAAGCUUCGUUGCCGCCAUGGCCAAGUUCCUCUGUUACGACGUGUACGACGUUGAUCUCUCCAAAGUCUCCGACGAUUCGGAUCUGAAGAUGCUCCUCUUACAAACUACCAGCAGAUCGGUGAUCGUGAUCGAGGAUCUCGAUCGGUUCCUCGACGAGAAAUCGACGCCUGUUAGCUUGUCUGGAGUUCUAAACUUCAUGGAUGGGAUAUUCUCGUGUUGUGGGGAAGAGCGAGUGAUGGUGUUCACAAUGACCAGUAAAGAACACAUCGACCCCGCCGUAUUGAGACCUGGAAGAAUCGAUGUCCACUUGCACUUCCCUCUCUGCGAUUUCUCUGCUUUCAAAACUCUGGCCAACAGUUACUUGGGGCUCAAGGAUCACAAACUCUUCCCUCAAGUGGAGGAGAUUUUCCAGGGUGGAGCGACUCUGAGCCAGGCGGAGAUCGGAGAGAUAAUGAUCGUUAACAGGAGUUCGCCCAGUCGAGCACUGAAGUCAGUGAUCAACGCGCUCCAAACGAACGGUGAUGGAAGGAGGGGUUCGGGGAAGCAAGGGCAGCGAUUGAGCGAGAGUGCGUCAGGGAGCGGGCGAUUGGGUGACGAGGCAAGGGAUUCAAUUUCGGGUAGUGGCAAUGGAGUUAUUUGCAGGGAGAGCGUCCAUACUGUGAGAGAGUUUAGGAAACUCUACGGUCUAUUGAGGAUGAAGAGCAGCAAAAGAUCGAUGCCGUUCGACCUGUGUUCGGUGGAGAGGGAGAAGGAUAAGGAAGGUUGACCACUUGACGGCACUACGUGCCCGGACAUCUCCGACGAGUCGGCUCGGGCACGAGCUCCCUGAAAAUAUUUCUGAAAACUUGUGAAGCCCCCUAUUUUUGUUUUUUGUUUUUUUCUUUUCUAAAGGGAAUUUACAGUAUUUUUUUCCCCCAAAUGGGUUUAACUCUUUAAUCUGCUUUGUGAUGAUGAUAAAAUAGUUUAAAACCGGCCUUGCCGCUCUGUAAAUAACCAUUCUUAUUUGGAGAGAAAUUCAGCUUUGUAUGAUACGAGUUUAACAAGACAAAUCCCCAUUGUCGAUUACAGAAGAGGGAAAGUGAACAGAGUGAGAGCUUUGCUCAAAAUCGAUUCAAAUGUUUAAGAUCUUCA